UUGUUGGCACUGUAUAAUUGGUCAAAUGUUCUUAUUGUUUCUCGAACUAGAUUCUUAAGCGUCAUCUUCUCCUUCCCAUUAGAUUCAAGAUAUCAUCCUUAAUUAUCCCUUGCCUAAGAGGUUUGUAUUUCUGAUCAUUCAAUUCAUCUCUUAGGUCAUUUUUUCCUCUUGUAAUUUAACUCCAGAGGGGUUUCUUUAAUUGUAGAAGAUAUCUGCUGCUCGGCAAAGCGAAAUUACAAAGGCGGUGAAUCGAAGGCAAAGCUUGAUUUCUGGGGCCAAGUUUGAGAACAGGUGCUUCAUGGAUAAGAAGAAACCCGGUGAGAGCUUUGAUGAAUUCUUGUGGUUCAAUUCUUUUGAAGAAGUGAAUGCUCAAGAUUGUUUCAAUUGGGAACUAGGAGAGAAGAUGAUCUCUAAUGAUGACGAUUAUGAUGUGGUAGAUUUCUUGCCCCUUGAUCCUUUUGAUAUGGAAAUUGGGACAACAAUGGCCAGUGUUGCCACAAUUACUGGUCUGAUUGAAGAAAUUGAAAACGACAUGGAUUUAAACGCCGCUGGAUUUGAGACAGAUGAAAUCAAAGUUGGAAAAGUGGACAAACGAUUAUUUUCGGAGUUCGAUUUUAUGUGGAAGGAGAUGCCUAGCAUCACGAAUUAUGCGGAGAUGGUUUCUGAUGAGACAUCUUCUGUUUGUAGAAUGGAUUCUGAGCAAGUUCUAUUUAAUAGUAAAAGGGAGGUGGAGUUAAUGGGUAGUUUCUGUUAUGAAAGGUACUGUUUUAAGAAUGAUGCCACAGAUAAGGAUCAUCAAGGGUGUAGUGAAGGUAAUUUUGAAGGAACAGGUGCUCCAGCGGAUGCCAUUUUUCUAGCCUUAGCUUUUUUAGGUGUCAAGGACCUUCUUUCUGUUGAAAGAGUUUGCAAACCAAUGCGUCUCGCGUUGCUGAAUGAUCCCCUCUUGUGGAGACAUUUCUCAGUAGAUCAUUCAUUGAGUCGUAGGAUAACUGAUGAGGCCCUUCUGAAAUUGACAGAUAGAGCUCAAGGCAGUCUCAACUAUUUGAGUCUUGAGGGAUGCUCAAAGAUCACCCAGAGUGGGUUGAAGCGUGUACUUGAAAGAAAUACAAACCUAACAAAGCUUAGUGUUGCUGGAUGUUCGAAGAUCAGGUUUGACAGUCUUUUAUCCAUACUGAAGUCUGUACCAAAACUGCAACUCGAGACUGUCAGAAUUGGUGAAAUAUUUGGCAUAACAAAUGAAGGAUUUGAAGAGUUGAAGGCACUUUUAGGGGUUGAUAACAGCCAGCUACCAAAGGCUCAGAAAUUAAACUUUUACUGUGGUGACAAGCUGCAUCGCGCGCUUGAUGACGACCAUGAGAUUGACAUUGAAGUGUGCCCAAGGUGCCGAGAGCUGAAACUAGUCUAUGAUUGCCCUACAGAAAGUUGCCAGAAAGUGCAGCAUGGCAAGAACCCCUGCAGGGCUUGUCUUUUGUGCAUUCCUCGUUGUAUGAAGUGUGGCCGCUGUGUAAGUAACUGCAGGUAUGUAGAGUCGUUCUAUCUGCAGAACAUAUGUUUCAUCUGUGUAGAGUUUAGGCCAGAACAUCAACUUGUCUGCCAGCAGGGUAGUUUCCAAUUUUUUUUGUGUGGCUAGAGAGCUUUGGUUUUUUUGUGAAGGAUUAAUGAGGUGUUUGGUCGUGGGACUAGAGCUACUCAAGUAGUCUUAAAAGUUUCCAGGGGAAUUUGAGAGGUGAUUACUGCAGUGAUUAGUUGGUGACCUGGUGAUUCAAGUUUUAUACGAAUCCUGGGAAAGAGUCGGGAGGAAGAAAAUGAAUUGAUCUUUUCACUUGGAUGUAAUGAUUCUGCAUGUUAUUUGUGUUUGUUCCCAUCUGCUAAUGUUCCCAUCUGUUUGUUCGGCCAGUUGCGCUAUUCAGAAAUUGGGAUUAUUCACCCUGCAUUUGCAAAUAAGUGAAUUCAUAUGCUCUGUUUCGCAAGUUAUUCGUGCCUUGGUGGAAUCUCAGGAUGCUUUCGGUGUUAAAAACGGUUUGCCCGUUUUUUAUGUUGUCAUAAACUAUGGGUUUGUUGUAAUGUCUCGUGUAGUAAGCGAAAUCCUUUUAUGGGGUGUUCGCUCCCAGAGAAUGAGGGCUUUGUUUGACAUGUUGUUUGCCCCUUAUAUUGUUCUCUCAUUGUACGCUUGCAUAUGUUACCCUUCAGUACUUGUUCAGGUGUUUUGAAUAUUUCUGAGCUGAAUAACUUGGGUUCUGAACAUUUGCCUAUAUAAUUGUUCUCUUUAUUAAUUGCCCAUAUUACCAU